AUGUCGUCCACUGCGACGGUAGUCCCCGUCCCGUCGGCUAGCGGCCCUACCACGGACAACUCUGGAGCAUCUCAAACCAACCAACAAUUCGGCGCUUCUCACACGUGCAGUCGUAUUGCACAAUCAUGCAUAAUUAAAUGCACUCCAGUGCUCCUUGCUACCGCUUUAGUUACAGCUAUCUCUCCAGCUGGAGAACGAUUCCAGCUACGGGCAUUGCUCGAUCAAGGAUCGGAAGUUUCGUUUAUUUCCGAGUCCGCUGCGCAGCUUCUAAAAUUGUCACGUAAACCCGCGUCCGUCCCGAUUCUCGGAAUUGGCGCACAACGCUCCGAUGUCUCAAACGGACGGGUCUCUCUCGAAAUUAUCUCGCGGAUCAAUUCGGCAUUCUCCAUCAAACUGGAAGCUCUCGUACUGCCGAAGCUCACCGCCUACUUGCCACUCACGAAGAUUUCAUCCACUCACUGGCCACACAUCGACGGACUCCGCCUUGCGGACCCGAAUUUCUCAAUGCCAGGAAAAAUUGAUUUAAUUCUCGGUGCAAGUGUCUACGCGCAAAUUCUCGAAAGUGGUAUUCGCCGCGGAAACGGCGAAUCACCGAUCGCGCAAAAGAUCGUUCUCGGAUGGAUAUUAUCCGGACAACUCUCCAACCAUAACGAUCAUCUCUCGCAAGACGCAAUCACGGAUUUCAGUGUUCUCUCGAUUGUGAACUUCUUGAUCUACUCCAACGAUUUUGGCAACAAGAAGAAAUCGUGCCGUCGCCUAAUGCUACCUGCACACCGGAAGAAGCUCAGUGUGAACUUCACUUUAAAACGACUCACUCUCGUGACGCUCACGGGCGGCUUUCUAGACUCUUCGCGACGCGAAUUCUUUCUGCCGCAUCACGAUGUCAUUAAAGACUCUAGCUCAACGACGAAACUCCGCGUCGUGUUCAACGGAUCACAAAAAACCAAUCUCGGAAUCUCGUUAAAUGAUUGUCUUCAUAUCGGACCGAAACUUCAAACGGAACUUACGGAUAUCAUUAUUCGGGCAGAUACAGUAGCUACCGCAAAAGAAAAAAUUCAGCAACUUCAAGACACGCUCACGGCGGGCGGCGUUAAUUUAAAAAAGUGGGUUGCAAAUUCUCCAGAUCUGCUCGUAAACAUCUCAGCUCACAAUCAAGAAGUGUCCGCGAUCCUACCGGUCGGCGAUCCGGCUACGCAUUACGCGCUCGGCGUUCAGUGGAAUCGACUCAGUGACAGUUUCAUGUUCUCCGCGCCGUCGCCUCCGCGGACAUUCGCAAUCACGAAACGCUCAGUACUCUCGUUUAUCGCGCGCAUCUUUGAUCCGCUCGGAUGGCUCGCGCCGAUCAUUAUCAGUGCAAAAAUCUUUAUGCAAGAACUGUGGGCUAUUCGUCUUGAUUGGGAUUGCGAACUUCCGGACGACCUCAAAUCUCACUGGAUCGACUUUCUCGCGCAAUUUAAAAACUUUGACAUUCACGUGACCCUCGUCAGUGCAAAGACAAAAGUGACUCCUCUCAAACGCGUAACAAUACCUCGACUCGAGUUAUCCGUUGCCGUGCUUCUCGUGAAAUUGAUUGUGCCUCUCAUCUCUGGACCGAUUCUACUGUCGCGCUGGCCUGGAUCAAGAGCCAUCCAUCAAGAUGGAAGGAAUUCGUGCAACAUCGGGUAUCGUUCAUACAAGAACUGUCAAACUCUCGUUGGCAUCACAUCGCUGGGAAAGAAAAUCCCGCCGACUUGGCAUCGCGAGGAAUCUCUCCGCAACGACUACAGCAGGAGCGGCUCUGGUGGUCGGGACCUCAAUGGCUCCAACGAACCUCCACUGAGUGUACUCCAACGGUUGGAGCGAAUAUACGUUCUCGCGAGAAGAGGAGAAUUUUCGGGAUGUAACAAGUGGCCUGCCUCCACCUGCACUUUAAGUCCGGUCGCACAAGGAGAGGAACGUGCACGAAGCUAUGCCGUCGCCAUAGUCAGCCCCGAACCGGAGGCAUGGGAUCUCAUAAAAAGAUACUCUUCUCUCACCAAGCUACUCCGCAUCACCGCAUGGAUUCGACGCGCCAUCGAACGUUUUCGCAAAGCUACCGAUGCACACGCCGCUCAAGAUCCUCUCACUCCGCUCGAAUUGGACUCUGCGCUCGCCUUCUGGAUCAAAUUGACGCAACAUGCGUGUUUUUCUCUGGAAAUUCAACUCAUCAAAGCAAACAAACCACUACCGAAAUCAAGUCCAUUACUCUGCCUCAUCCCGUUUAUCGAUACCGAUGAAUUGCUUCAUCUCCGAGGUCGCCUACAACAUUCUCAAUUGGCUCGAACAGAGAAACAUCCGCUAAUCCUACUUCGAAGCUCUCGAUUGACGGAACUCAUCAUCGAUCAUUAUCAUCGAAAGACGUUUCAUGGCGGUCCGCAGCUCACGCUCGCAUCGAUACGACGCCAAUUCUGGAUUCUCGGCGGUCGCCUUCCGAUACGCUCAUUCAUCCGCCGAUGUCUAGUCUGUACACGUCAACGAGCAGCGACUGGUCAACAACUCAUGGGACAGCUACCGGCAUCGCGUGUAACUCCAUGUCGACCGUUCUAUCAUACGGGAGUCGAUUAUGCCGGCCCGUUAACGCUCAAGACUUUCCGUGGACGCGGAGCCAAAACAUACAAAGGAUACUUCAUUAUCUUCACAUGUUUCAGCACUUCAGCAAUACACCUCGAAGUAGCGACCGAUUACUCUACCGAGGGCUUUAUUGCCGCAUACAAACGCUUCACGAGUCGCAGAGGCCUCUGUUCCACCAUCACGAGCGAUUGUGGCACCAAUCUCGCUGGAGCAGAUGCCGAAUUAUAA